AUGCAAAGAAUACAUGAUCUGCACCCCCCACAGGUGGUUCGGCCGGAGUUCCUUCACACAGUGGCCCACAAGGACCUGGAGGAGAUAGACGUUGGGGUGGGAAGGCACUUGAAGCAGAGAGACCUGUCGGACGCAAUUGCGUGGAAGGCUGUUCGGGGCCUGCGGCUAAUUGCAGACGUGGUGUUUUACAAAAGAUACAUCCACCGGGCCAUUGUGCUGGAAACUGUGGCUGCGAUUCCAGGCAUGGUGGGUGGGCUGAUUCGGCACCUUAAGUCGCUUCGGAAAAUGGAAGACGACAGCAACAUCCGCGUCCUUUUGGCAGAGGCCGAAAACGAGAGGAUGCAUCUUAUGACGUGGAUGGAGGUGGCCAAGCCUCUUCUUUUGGAAAGGCUUAUUGUAAUGGGCCUGCAGGGAGUGUUUUUCAACGCGUACCUUUUGCUGUAUGUGGUGUCUUCGAAAACAGCACACAGAUUUGUUGGGUAUUUGGAAGAGGAGGCGAUCGUGUCAUACACAGAAAUGGUGAGGGAGAUAAAAGCUGGGAUUAUCCCGAACAUUGAGGCGCCUGAAAUAGCAAAAAAGUACUGGAACCUAAAAGACGACGCCACGCUUCUUGACGUGACUUUGGCUAUCCGGGCAGACGAAGCAAUGCACCGAGACACAAACCACGGAAUAGCAGACGAGAUCGAUGGAAUUGAGUGA